AUGGCUGGUGAUGGUGGCGCGUUGGACGUGGCCCAGCUGAUACAAGCAGCUACAGACGCUGCUCGUGCUGCUGCUGAUGCGGCUGCAGCCCUUAGAGAUGUUCAGGCUAGUCGUGGAACUGGUUUGAGUGGAAAGGGGUUUAGUGAAGCCUCAAAAGUCAUUAGACAACCUGACCCGUUUGGUUCUGAAAACCACGAAGAAGAUCUUAGCAAGUGGCAAGACUUCACAGUGAACUUCAAAGCUUGGUUGUUCUAUGGUGAUAGUGGUUUUGAAAGUGACCUUCAUAGAGUCGAGACCAACUAUGCCUCAACUCCAAUAGAGUUUCCUAGAUCCGAGCCCAAUGACGUUCAAGAAAGAUGCAAGCAGCUUUUCAACAUCCUUACGGGGAUACUUCGUGGCAAGCCGUUGCGGCUACUGCGCCAAACUUCUGAGAGAAAUAGUUUCGAGGUUUGGAGAAAGUUGGUGCAACUCUUUUCACCAAAGACCAAAAGCAGGUCGAUUUCCUUGCUUGCUGCGUUGAUGAAUAUUCCAGCCUUCAGCCUGAAGGACAAAACCCUGAUGGACCAGAUCUUAGGCCUUGAACGCUUGAGAACUGAAUAUAUGAGAUCUUCUGGAACUGAUGUGGCUGAUGACCUGAUGUUGAGCAUCCUGGUCAAGUCGUUGCCAAAGGCAUUGCAGACCCACAUUCAGCUGCAGAUGACAGAGCACUCAACGUAUGCCCAGGUCAGGGAACUUGUCCUCAGCUACGAGUCAGUGACGACUACAUGGAGCGCUGGUCGAAUUCAUAGUGAACUUGGCAUUUUGCCAUCCAGCUCUACGGCUUCUUCUCCUGCCUACAAUGGACUGCAGUUGAAGCCUGGCGUCAGGAGCCACGCAGUGCCACGUGGAGACCCUUUCUUCGCAUCGUGCGAGAUUUCGGCACUGAACAAGAAGCUGCAGAGCAUCCUGCGAGGGUUCCGGUUGCAACUGACUCUGCUUUCCGAAUGGCAGGUCUCAGAGCUGCAAGCAGCAUUGACAACCGGCUGUGGCAGUGAGAUCCAGGUUAAAUACGCGCUGACAAGGCGCGCGCUCGCCUUCGAACAGGCGAAUCUGGUCAAGUUUGCCCUGAUGGAGGACGCAGAAACUGCUAUACGUCUCGAAGAGGACACCAAAAUUCAGAUUGAUGCUUUGUUGCCUGUCCACAACCGUUACGAUCCGAAGAACAGAGACCAUGAACAUGAAGGUUGGGGUUUUGACACCAGCACUGGCACUUUCAAUACAGCUAAAGAAGCUGAAUACCCCGACGAAAUGUGUCAAGUCUAUGCUGAGAUUGUUUCAAAAAUUGCUCAAAACCGUGGCGUUGUUGUAGAUGAUUUCACAGCCAAAUCUUCAGCCACGGGCCCACAGACACAGAAACGAGGACGUCGGGUGCAUGCUGACUGGAAGAAGCUGAAACCUAUUUUCAAAACUACUUGCGUGGAUUUGCAGAGUGCAUACAAGCAACUGGCAGUCGCCCCUGCGGAACACAAACGUACGGUGGUGACUUUGUGGGACAGAGACAAAAGAGAACCUGCAUGUUAUGUGUCCCGAGUUUUGCCGUUUGGGGCCUCGGCCAGUGUGCACCACUUCCUUAGAGUCAGCGCCUUCCUACACGCUGCUGGUCUGCGCAUGGGCCUGUGUUGGGCCGCUUACUUCGAUGACUUUGCAGUCCUUACGCAUGAGUGCCAUGAGAAAAGUUCUUUACAUGCAGCCCUGGGCCUUUUUGACAUACUUGGUUUCCAAUACAGUGCGGAUAAAUUAUCUCCUUUCUCAGAUGUCACUGAGUUGCUUGGUGUGGAGAUCGACUUGACAGAAGUGACAGGUGGUUUCGUAAAAGUUCAGAAUAAGAAAUCACGUGUUGACGAAACGGUUGAAUUUUUGGAAAAGAUGCUUGCUGAACGAUUUUUGGUGGUGAGCGAAAUGCCUAGCAAGCUUGGAAAACUGCAAUACGCCGAAGCCCAGUUGUGGGGAAGAACAGGCAGGUUGGCGCUUGCUGACUUACGAAGAGCAACGAGUCUGGGCAAAGACCAAGUUACAAUCGAUGACAGAGCCUGCAAGGCGAUCCAACUUUUGCUUCAUAGAUUGUCCUGUGGAAAACCCAGAACUUUGAGAAUAUCCAAAAAGAGCAAGCCGGUCAUCCUUUUCACUGACGGAUCCCUUGAGACUGAGCAUGGCAGUGCGGUCGCCCGCAUUGGAGGCGUUUGCAUUUCGGCUGAAGGAACUUUCGUUUUUGGAGCAAGGGUUCCCGACGAGCUUCUAGACCUGUGGAGAGAACAUGGUGAAAAGGAGCACGUCAUAGGCCUUGUCGAACUUUACGCAGUCCUCGUUGCCAUGAACACUUGGUCUCAUUUGAUCACUGGUGAACGACUUCUGAUUUUUGUUGAUAACUGGCCGGUCGUUGACGCACUCGUGAAAGGUGUAUCAACUCAGAUGACUUGGCGAGACAUGCUUAUGGUUUUUGAAGAGUUGGAUGAAAAACAACAAUCCCUGCAUUGGGUGGGACGAGUGCCGUCAGCUAGCAACCCGGCUGACCCACCAAGCAGGGGCACCUUAGCAGGGCUGGAAUUUUUGAGACCUUUUUCGACUUGCGAAGGCAAGUGUCCCAUCACGCUCAAACAACUCCAGUCAAUUGUGAAAGAAUGCAGCUGA